AUAAUUGUGCGUAGAGUGGUUCUGUUAUGUUGGUAUUUUCUGUGACGAUCUGUUAGUGCGAUUUUCUUUGCCGGGUCGUAAACAUGAUGUGAAGAAACGUGGAUAUGAAUGAUGUAAUAUUUUGUUGUAAUGUGAGGUAAACGUGGAUGGUGAAUUUAUAUUCUGCAAUAAUCAGGGCAGCAUCUUUUGUAAGGGAUGAUGUUAUCCAGGUUAUGUUGUCGCACUAACUGUGCAAAGUGGUUAUAUUCUUGUGAAGUUAGACGUCUGUCUUAUGCUUGUAGUGCCGUAAAGAAAGUUUCUAUUAAAAAUGAAAGGCACAGAUGCAUUGGAACUUUUGGUACAAUAAAGUCAUGCAGAUAUAUUCAAGGUUAUGAAAGUCCAAGGUUGGGAUACAUCACAGUAACGCAGGGGCGAUAUUUUAGUACUAGCAAAUCAGGGAAUGAUGACGGACCAGGGGAAGAUGAGGUGACACAACCCAAACCUGGGCCAGUUCUUGAGAGUUCUGAUAGUGAAUAUACAACACACCAUUCUCUUCCCGUAACUGUCGCAGUUCCCGAAGUAUGGCCACAGUUACCUCUUAUAGCUAUCAACAGAAACCCUGUUUUUCCACGUUUUAUAAAGCUAAUUGAAAUAACAAAUCCAACUUUGAUUGACCUUAUAAGAAGGAAAGUGAAGUUGAACCAACCAUAUGUGGGAGUUUUCCUUAAAACAAGUGACGAAAAUGAAUCUGAUGUUGUUAAUAACUUGUCAGAUAUAUACACUACUGGAACAUUUGCACAAAUACAUGAGAUGCAAGACCUUGGAGAUCGCCUUCGUCUUGUUGUAAUGGCCCAUAGAAGGAUUCGAGUCAUAGGACAGAUAGUAGACGAUUCAGAAGCCCCUCCAGAAAUGACUAUCAAGUUUCCACUAUUUAAAACAUCAAUUAAUGUGUCUCUAGAAGAUACAGAUGUAGAGAGGAGGAGGCGAAAACGUAGAAAGAAGAAGAAUGCUGUGGAUUCUUCAACAGUCACUGAUGAGGGGGAGAAGUCUGAUGCUUCCAGCAAUUCUCAGGAAACAUUUACUGAAGAUAUUACCAAACCACAGCCUGUCCUCAUGGUGGAAGUUGAAAAUGUGACACACGAGAAGUUUAGGCAAACAGAAGAAGUUAAGGCUCUGACACAAGAAAUAAUAAAGACAAUCCGUGAUAUUAUUAGCUUGAAUCCAUUAUACCGUGAAUCAUUACAACAAAUGUUACACACUGGGCAGCGGGUGGUUGACAAUCCAGUCUAUUUAUCAGACUUGGGUGCUGCUCUCACUGGAGCUGAGCCAGCGGAACUGCAGCAAGUACUUGAGGAGAUGGAUAUUCCUAAAAGGUUAAUGCUGUCUUUGUCACUUCUGAAGAAAGAGUUUGAGCUGAGUAAAUUGCAGCAAAAGAUAGGACGUGAAGUCGAGGAGAAAGUGAAGCAACAGCACAGAAAAUACAUUCUUCAUGAACAGCUAAGAGUGAUCAAAAAGGAACUAGGACUUGAAAAGGAUGAUAAAGAUGCUAUAGAAGAGAAAUUUCGUGAAAGGUUAAAGGGGAAAAUUGUUCCAAAAAGUGUGAUGGAGGUUCUAGAUGAAGAGCUAAACAAGCUCAGUUUCCUUGAAGGGCACUCAUCAGAAUUCAAUGUGACACGCAACUAUUUGGACUGGUUGACAUCUCUGCCAUGGGGUGUAACUAGUGCGGACAACUUGAAUUUACAGAGAGCAAUUGAGAUCUUAGAUGAAGACCACUAUGGCAUGGACGAUGUAAAGAAGAGAAUAUUGGAAUUUAUUGCUGUAAGCCAACUAAAAGGCAGCACCCAGGGAAAAAUUCUGUGUUUUUAUGGACCACCUGGAGUUGGGAAAACUAGUAUAGCACGUUCUAUUGCCCGAGCGCUUAAUAGAGAGUACUUUAGGUUCAGUGUGGGUGGCAUGACAGACGUUGCUGAGGUCAAGGGUCAUCGUCGGACAUAUGUGGGUGCGAUGCCGGGGAAAGUGAUUCAGUGCCUCAAGAAAACCAAGACUGAAAAUCCAUUAAUACUGAUAGAUGAAGUAGAUAAAAUUGGAAAAGGCUAUCAAGGAGAUCCAUCAUCUGCACUUCUAGAAAUGUUGGAUCCAGAACAGAAUGCAAAUUUCUUGGAUCAUUACCUUGAUGUUCCUGUUGACUUGUCAAAGGUUUUGUUUAUCUGCACAGCUAAUAUAAUUGAUACCAUACCUGAACCCCUCCGUGAUCGAAUGGAAAUGAUUGAUAUGUCAGGUUACGUUGCUGAAGAGAAACUAGCCAUUGCCAAGCAGUAUUUAGUCCCCCAGGCACUGAAAGAUUCAGGACUGGAACAUGAUCAGGUCCACAUCAAGGAUGAUUCUUUGCAUAUGCUUAUUAAAUCUUACUGUCGUGAGAGUGGAGUCAGAAAUCUACAGAAGCACAUUGAGAAGGUAGUGAGAAAAGUAGCAUUUAAAAUUGUGAAAAGUGAAGUUGCUAAAAUCGAUGUGACUACGGAAAACUUACCUGAUUUUGUUGGCAAACCUGUGUUUACACAUGACAGGAUGUAUGACGUGACUCCACCAGGUGUUGUGAUGGGACUUGCUUGGACAGCGAUGGGUGGAUCAGCACUCUUCAUUGAAACAACAAUCAGGCGCCCUCAUGAAGAUACCAGUGAGGGCUCCCUAGAACUAACUGGCCAUCUUGGAGACGUAAUGAAGGAAUCAGUUAGGAUAGCACUCACUGUUGCACGUAAUUUCUUGACAAAAGAAGAUCCAAAGAACAAUUUCCUGAACAAUAGCCAUUUACAUCUACAUGUCCCAGAGGGAGCAACCCCAAAAGAUGGUCCAAGUGCAGGCUGCACUAUCGUAACAGCAUUUCUGUCUCUAGCAAAGAAUGUACCAAUACGACAGGAUGUAGCUAUGACCGGAGAAGUUUCCCUCAUGGGAAAGAUUCUUCCUGUUGGUGGAAUAAAAGAGAAAACAAUUGCAGCUAAACGUGUUGGUGUAAAUUGCAUAAUUUUGCCAGAAGAAAAUAAGAAGGAUUAUAAUGAUCUUCCAUCAUUUAUAACUGAAGGACUUGAAGUUCAUUUUGUGAACCAGUAUGAAGAUGUUUAUGAGAUUGUAUUUCCCUCUGCUCAUGGAAACUAGGAACAAAGAUUAAAAAUGAACCUGCCACACCCGGGUGCCUGAAUAUUAAGAUAAAGCAAAUGUUGAGUUUUGUAAAGGACAUGUUCAGAGAAGCCUCUGAGGAUGAGGCCACGGGUCACACCCCAGUGUACAAAUGGUUUGGGUGUUUCAGGGAGGGCAGAUAAUGCCUGUAGAACAACCAGUGGAAGGGAAGUUCAAGAGAUAGCUCAUAAUGGGAAGACCAUUAACCAUAAUGAUGAGUGAACUUUCAUGAAUCUUUAGACUACCACAUGAAGUAUACAAAUUAAUGGGUACUGUAAUAACCUCACUACA